GAUCCGGUUGGUCGAUCGUUUUCUCCUGCUCCGGGUCCGCAUGCGAGAGGCGCGUUUCGUGGUGGUUGGUUCGGUUUUCGUUUCCCUGUCUCUCUCUCACGUCGUGCCCUUUUCCUGGCCGCGCGGUUCCUUGGCGCGUUCCGUCCAACAAUCCGCGUAACCAGUGAGUUUUCCGUCGUCGUCGUUGUUCCGUGAACUCUCUCUCGUUUCGCAGCUUAGGAAGUAACAUCACUAACGCGAACCAGUUCAUAAGCCCUUUGAUUGUCCACGAUGUCCGCAAAAGCGAUACGCGAAGCCACCGGUAAAGACAUCAUCAAUCGCCUCCUGGAAGGCGAUCAUGGGGCGGCCAAGUGUCGCUUUGCGACCGUUACUGAAACAACACAGUGGCAGCAGCUGGUGCAGGACAAUCCCUGGCUGGAGAAAUCGCCGCUAGUCGUUAAACCGGAUCAACUGAUCAAGCGCCGAGGCAAGCUUGGAUUGAUCGCGGUGAACAAAAACUUGUCCCAAGUGAAGUCAUGGAUUGCCGAACGGCUCGGCAAGGAUCAGAAGGUUGGCAACGCGACCGGCAAGUUGCGCAACUUCAUCAUCGAACCAUUCAUACCACACAAAGAUAAUGAAGAGGCGUACGUCUGCAUUUAUUCACACCGAACGGCAGACACGAUACUGUUUUAUCAUCAGGGAGGCGUUGACAUCGGCGAUGUUGACUCGAAGGCCCUGAAGCUGGAUGUACCUGUCGGACAAGAUGUCUCACUGGGGGACAUCGAGAAAGUUUUACUUACGGAAAUAUCGGGCGCUAAGAAGCAGAGAAUUGCCAAGUUUGUUUACAACCUCUACCGGCUGUACGUGGACAUGUACUUCACGUACCUGGAGAUCAACCCGCUGGUUGUAACGAGCGAUGCGAUCUACAUUCUCGAUCUGGCCGCAAAGCUCGAUGCGACCGCUGACUUCAUCUGCCGGCCAAAGUGGGGCGACAUUGACUAUCCUCCGCCAUUCGGACGUGACGCAUUCCCGGAGGAGGCCUACAUUGCCGAUCUAGAUGCGAAGAGUGGUGCCUCGCUGAAGCUAACGAUCCUGAACCGUAAUGGACGCAUUUGGACAAUGGUGGCUGGCGGCGGCGCUAGUGUCAUCUACUCCGAUACGAUCUGUGAUCUCGGUGGUGCUACCGAGCUGGCCAACUACGGCGAAUACAGCGGAGCCCCAUCCGAACAGCAGACCUACGAGUACGCAAAAACCAUUCUCAGUCUGAUGACCAGCAGCCCAAAGCAUCCGGAUGGAAAGGUGCUCAUCACCGGUGGUGGUAUUGCUAACUUCACCAACGUGGCCGCUACGUUUAGUGGUAUUAUUACGGCGCUUCGCGAAUACCAGCAGAAGCUGAUCGAUCACAACGUGUCCAUAUUUGUGCGUCGCGCUGGCCCCAACUACCAGGAAGGGCUGAGGAAGAUGCGCGAAAUCGGCAGCAGUUUGGGUAUUCCGCUGUAUGUGUUUGGGCCGGAAACGCACAUGACGGCCAUUUGUGGUAUGGCGCUUGGAAAGAAACCGAUUCCGAAGAGUUGCAACGUACACUUUGCCACCGCCAACUUCCUCUUGCCGGGUGGGCAGCAAGCAGCAGAAUCGUCCAAGAAGUCAUCCUCCGCCAGCGCCAACGAUGUCAUGAAUGCCUCUGGCAGUAGCAGUAGCGUUAGUAAGAAACUUACUUCACCUCCCGGUGCUUCCCCGCUAGGCGGAGGGGCGGUCCGAUUCUCGCAGACCGACGUCGCAUCGGCCGCGGAGUAUCGACAGAUGUUUACCAACCGAACGAAGGCACUCGUUUGGGGCAUGCAAACCCGGGCCGUCCAAUCGAUGCUGGAUUUCGACUUUAUCUGUCGCCGUGACGAACCGUCGGUCGUAGCGAUGGUGUACCCGUUCACCAGCUACCACAAGCAAAAGUUCUACUGGGGCCACAAGGAGGUGCUGAUUCCGGUGUACGCUAAAAUGUCCGAAGCGAUCGGCAAGCACAAGGAAGCGGACGUGCUGGUGAACUUUGCUUCGCUCCGGUCGGCCUACGACAGCUCGGUGGAGGUGCUAGACUAUCCGCAAAUUCGCACGAUCGCCAUCAUCGCCGAGGGUAUUCCGGAAAAUUUGACACGCAAGCUGAACGUGGCGGCUCGCGAGCGUCAGGUAUCGAUCAUUGGGCCUGCCACGGUAGGUGGCGUAAAGCCGGGUUGCUUCAAGAUCGGCAACACUGGUGGCAUGUUGGACAACAUUCUACAUUCCAAGCUGUACCGUGCCGGUAGUGUUGCGUACGUCUCCCGUUCGGGUGGCAUGUCGAACGAGCUGAACAACAUCAUUUCACUGACCACGGACGGUGUAUACGAGGGCGUAGCGAUCGGUGGCGAUCGCUAUCCUGGCACGACGUUCAUGGACCACAUCCUGCGGUAUCAGGCCGAUCCGGCCGCCAAGAUGCUCGUUCUGCUCGGUGAGGUCGGCGGAGUGGAGGAGUACGAGGUGUGCGAAGCGCUAAGGGAUGGCCGCAUCACGAAGCCCCUGAUCGCGUGGUGUAUCGGUACGUGCGCUUCCAUGUUUACGUCCGAGGUGCAGUUCGGUCAUGCCGGUUCUUGUGCCAACUCGGAUCGCGAAACGGCUUCGGCCAAGAACCGUUCGUUGAGCGAAGCGGGCGCUCAUGUGCCAGAUUCGUUCGAUACGCUCGGUGAUUUGGUUGGCUCGGUGUACGAGAAUUUGGUGCGUGAGGGACACAUCGUGCCAGCGGAGGAGGUUCCCGCACCGACGGUGCCGAUGGACUACUCCUGGGCCCGCGAGUUGGGCUUGAUCCGCAAGCCCGCCUCGUUCAUGACGUCGAUCUGCGACGAGCGAGGUCAGGAACUGCUGUACGCGGGCAUGCCGAUCAGCGAUGUGCUGCAGAAGAACGUUGGCAUUGGCGGUGUAGUAUCGCUGCUGUGGUUCCAGCGUUGUCUUCCGCCGUACGUUUGCAAGUUCUUCGAAAUGUGUCUCAUGGUCACGGCCGACCAUGGACCAGCCGUUUCCGGUGCUCACAACACAAUCGUGUGCGCCCGAGCGGGCAAGGAUCUGGUGUCGUCCGUCGUGAGCGGUUUACUAACGAUUGGCGAUCGCUUCGGCGGUGCUCUCGACGGUGCUGCCAAGCAGUUCUCCGAGGCGUAUGACUCCAACUUGCACCCGAUGGAGUUUGUCAACUCGAUGCGAAAGAAGGGUCAACUGAUCAUGGGCAUCGGCCAUCGCGUGAAAUCGAUCAACAAUCCUGACGUGCGCGUGAAGAUCAUCAAAGAGUUUGUGAUGCAGAACUUCCCGGCCUAUCCGCUGCUGGAGUACGCUCUGGAGGUGGAAAAAAUUACCACCAGCAAGAAGCCGAACCUGAUCCUCAAUGUGGACGGAGUCAUUGCGACCUCGUUCGUCGAUCUGCUGCGAAACUGCGGUUCUUUUACCAGCGAGGAAGCUCAGGAGUACAUCAACAUCGGGGCGAUAAAUUCGCUGUUCGUGCUGGGACGUAGCAUCGGUUUCAUCGGGCACUUCAUGGAUCAGAAGCGCCUCAAGCAGGGACUCUACCGUCACCCGUGGGAUGACAUUUCGUACGUUCUUCCCGAGCAGUACAACUAAAACCGUGCGCUCAAAGCGACAACGGCUGAUGCAGAGAACAACAAAAUAAGCUACAAAAAACCACAAGCACAACCCGACAGCAGGCAGAGUGUGAUGAGGGAUGGUCGAGAUGCUGCAAGCUCCGCGGAUCCAUCACGGAGAAAAGGGCACGAAAGUUGCAAAACAAAACAGAGCACGUUAAGGGAGAAACGGAGCAAAAGCAAACCAAAAUCGUUAAACACUAGUUGUCACUUCUUUCGAUGCAGCAUGCAGGGUGGCAACUAGAACUCCAAUGAAUCUCCUUCUUUCCCUUGUUCCCUCUCUAUUUCUACGAUUAACGUUUCGGGGCUUUCCUUUUUGCUGUUUAUUGUCGUCGCGUGUUGUACCAUAACUGUUCGAUGUAUUUUUAGCAUGGGUUGAGCUGUCCAUUUUACUCGCUCGACGUGUGAAAUGCAUUUAAAACGGAGGCAA